AACGACAAAAUAAUAAUUCACCUUCUUUCUCCUAGUUUAACUUUUAAAUAUUCUACUAAAUACGUAACCAUCCUUUAAGUAAAAGGAUGCUCGGUUUGGGGGUGGGGCUCGGUGGUGGGGAUAGCGUCGGAGUAGCUGGGGCCGGUUUUCGUGAGAUUUUGGUCGACCAACCCUUCUCAGGAAAAUGGAUGGACGUGGAUAUGAAUUUAGGGGGUGGUCACUACACGUUUCAAGGAACAAAAUUCUCUGAUUGGGCGGGUGGGUUUUCCUACAAGAAUAAUAAUGCAUCCUCCGCAAAGGCGUCUACCAAGGGCGUCACGGCGUAUAGAAGUAUUCAUUGGCGAACACUCAACGACACAUUGGAACUUUGCGAAAUUUCGCUCCACCUUAACCUGAUUGAUAACCAGGUGCGCUACAUAUUCCAAGGAUCUCCAAUCGUGGGUCCAAUCACGAUUCAAGAAACGGAAACCAAUGUCAUCAUCCUCGUGGCUACGCUGACCUCUGUGAACCGGUUUGUAUUCGUACAUCCAAAUCGUAUAGCCGCUGGCGUCGACGUAGACAAAAACCGUUCAAUAUUUCAUCAAAUCACUAACCCACCUGUGAUGAAUUUCCGCUCUUUCAACCUCUAUGAGCACGCGAUGAACAUUCCUGUUCCUCUGUCUGCCACCUGCGCCUACGUUGGAGGAGUGACCCAUUCUCGCUCCAGAUUUUCCAAGGAACUGACCUUAACUCCCACUCUCGUUGGGGGUGAGUGUUUGUUCGCCUACUCCUUCGAGUCAGGGAGCAUCAAUGUGUACAAAAUUUCGAAAGAUGACAUCCUCACCAGGUACGAUUUAAGGCAGGCGAACAUCUUUACGAGGCUGUUUUCCGGGUUAACGACGUCGAUCAUGCGGACACCUACUACCAUUCUGGACGCUGUGAUUGGACUCUCAUUCUUCUUCUCGACGUCGAAAGGAAUUAUAACUACUCACAUCGUCACACUCGCAAUGAAUGGACAAUUAAACCUCUGGUCGUGCCCCAAUCUUGAUAAUUUUACAGAGUGGAACUCUUACCAUUGCGGUGUGGUGGAUAAUCGAUUCGCAGUAGAUAGUCAUAUCGAUUCGUGUAUGCUCCUUCGUAAAAGCGAUGAUGUUGAUCACCCGUCGUUUGCCAUUCACAUCCCGGGAGAUGGUUUCCGCCUUUACAAAUUGCAAAAGCUCGCUGGAACUGCUAGUACGGGUCAGGGAGGAAAUGCAUUGUCACAAAGUUCGCCUAAAUUCCAGCUCGUUAUGAAACAACGGAUCGAGUUUGUCGACCGUGACGUAAUGGACUUUUGUCUCACCUCUGAUCACAUUUUCACCCUCGUCAAUAACCCUGAUGAGGAGAUGGAAUGGGCUAUAAAUUCAUAUCGAUUGGAUGAGCCAAACUCGUCGUCCCGUAAGAACCAUCCUUCAUUCACAUCAGCCUUGCUGGAACCACUCCCUGCCCCUGACCCGGAACCAAACACUGAGGCGAAGGAGUUUUACAUGUCGCUCAUAUUUAAUAAUUCGUCCUUCACGGCAACAACGAUUAUGAAAGCUCUCACGAUGUUCCGUAAAGAUGAAGAUAAACCGAUUCGUCCCGAUAUAGAUUGGGACUCACUCCGCAUUACUGCUAUGAACACAAUUGAUCGAGAAAUCGCUCUAGCCACUUCCGACACCGAGUUUGAUAUCAGUGACGAAGAUUAUACUGAAUUAAGCCUCAAAUUUUGGGGGAUGUUUUACAAUUCUUGUGUAGAGUAUCACAUCCACACUGUGAAACCACUGGGACUCUUCUUUGAGUCAAAUUCCAACAUGGUCUGUGUGGUAAAGAAAAGUCGGAUCUCGUUCCUGCGCCCAACUUCGUUUUUGGAGACACUUUACUAUUUCCCCCACACUCUGAAUCUGUCCACCUCCCACGCCCAUCCAGAAUCGGAUGAAUACGACGAAUUCCGCAAGGACCUUGUUUCCGUCACGAGAUAUUUGGGCAUUGUCAAGUCCUUGGAAGAUAUCUUUAACGACAGCCACAUCUCCAAGAUAGAAAAACAGCUGCGGCAGAAUAUUUCUCAGUUGCAAGACGUUUGUAAAGAAAUUGCUAAUUUUCUUCUAUCGACUGAUCCACAUUGUUUCGCGACGGUUGAACGUCAACUCGUGCAAGUUCUUUGCAGCAAGUUACAGCAACUUGGUGGCAAUGCGGAAAUCGCGAUGAAAAAGACGCUGGAUUUGAUCUCAUCUUGGGACCAGGGAGACAGUGCUGGUGAGGACGAUGACGAUGCAUCGACAUUUUACAUGGGGUCACGUCUUGGGGUCCAUGUCACGCAUCGGAUUUUACAGCAGUUGAUGCAACACAAAUUUAUGAUUGCGCGUGAUACGAUUGUGUUACAAUAUAUGGUGACAGCAUUCUUCGCAUCUCGAGACGAUACGGAAUUAGGGGGAGGCGAUGGAGAUAAUAACUCACUUGCGGUACCAUGGAGUGAUCAAGAGGACGCGAAAUGGACCACAGCGGCUUAUUUUGCCUUAAUGGAUGUGACAGAAACUUAUAUUGAGAGAGUUCCUGAUUUUGUGAGGGAGCGUGGCCUUAAAGUGGCGAAUAUUCUAAAACUGGCAACAUCUUCGGAUUCAUCUACUAGAGGAGGAGGAGGAGGUGACGACUUUGAUGCUUUUUGGCCAAUCAAAUUGCUCGAGGGAUUUUGUCUUUCGUCCGUUGGUUCGCACGCUAUCCGGGCUCGAUUAAGUUUGUCGUCGGGCGGCGGAUGUAGUGUACUGGCACAUGCAGAAGCGACGGGAAGAUGCAUAUGGACAAACAGUUUCCAAGAUAAUACUCGCCCUAUGGAGGAUUAUCUCAUUGUUUCGUGUCAGUACAACAUUCUGAAGACAUAUGCAAACUUUAUGGUCCACUAUUUCUCCAAUAAUAAAGCCCACAUGAAAGACUUCUACCUCGGGCUCUCAAACCUGUGCCUCUUCAAUGAAGACGUCGGUAUCGCCCACUUGUGCAGUAUAAAUUUGAAGUCUGCCGUCUUAGACGAGUACUUUUGCUCUCGCGUGCUCCAGCUUGAUCUACCGAUCGAGGGAGCGAUUUCCCUCUUUAAUUCGUACUAUGUCAGAGUAAUCUCGAUUCUGCAGGUGUUGGAAUAUUUGCAAGGAGUCCGACGCAUGGCCAUGGAAGGAUUUCAUGCCGCUGCGACGGAAGAGGAAGCCAUUAAAAUGUGUACACUCGCUUUUAAAUGUGCCAUUCAAUUGGACGACUACAAUGAGGCGUAUGACUACGUUAUGAAAAUACCCACUACGGCGGAGUCUGGUUCUCAAGAGAAACUUGCAUCCCUUCGCACAUUUAUUGGUCAUUUGGUACGGAAGGGGGAAAUGGACACGCUUCUGGGUCUUUCUAUGGACGAAUUGUUCAACAAGAGCUCCUCCAUUCGGGAGCAGAUUGAAGGUAUCCUCUUCGCCCAGGCGAAUCUGGCCGAUCCGCUCGAACCUGUGGGAGCGUAUCAAAUGCUGUACGUUUUCCACCUGGCAAACGAUCACUUUCACAAAGCCGCGUCGACGAUGUACUACAAAGCGAUGCGGAUUGGUGACAAGUGUACUGGUCGGGACGCCCUUCUCGCCCAAAAGGCAUGCUACCUAGAUGUGAUGACGUGUCUCUCACUUGUGACUCCAACAGAUUGUCGAUUUGUAGUAAAAAAGACAGGAAUUAUUCGAGAUGUUUUGAAAGAAGUUAAGUGUUUCAAUCCAGAACAAGGAGGCAACGCGGAAGAGGCAUUAACGGUCCCCUGCGUUCCAUGGGAGAGGGAACUCGUGGUGGUAGAAAUGACCGAAAUACGAAAAGAGAUGUUCGUUCUUAUCAUGUUGGCCGAAUUGGAAGACGAUACUCCAGUCAAACCGAUGGACUUUGAACGCCGUGCGGCUCGGACCGUCGACAUGCUUAGGCUUUGUCACCAAUAUGACGAUGCUUUUAAAUUAGCCUUUCUCUGGGGGAUUGACCCAACUCCAAUCAUCUCAUAUUUUACAGAUGUCUGUUGCAACCUAGUCCACAACGUGAUGCCCAAAGGGGGAGAUCCUGGCGUAUAUUUUCGCCAUGUGGAUACUUCUGAUCUUGCCAGUUCAUCAGAAACGAGCUACACCGAGUUGGGGUUCCGCCUCCUGGAAAAAUAUCUAAAUCAAGAGGAAAAGCCGAGAGAGUCCUGUCUGCAUAACGCCAUCACACUCAAACUGCUUAUGGCUGACGUAGAGUUGCCACAGUGGUUGGUGGCAUCUUACAAGAAAAGGAAUGUGGCACAGCUUCUGCGUUGCCUGAUUCGUUACUCUGAAUGGGAGAAGGCUGCAGAGCUCGCGUUAAAAAUAUUGGAUGCCGCCCUCGGUCGUGUCAAGUGCGACGAGUUUGAUUCCACCGUUAAAAAGAUAUCUUCGUAUGACACCAUCGAACCGUCUGGGCUACCUUUAAAUUAUAUCAGUGAUCUCUCUGGAGCAUUAAAGGAGUACGGUAAAGGGAACCCAAGUCUGAUUGAGUUACAUGGAACUCUUACUGAGAGAGCGUCCCUAUUUUGUGAUCGUGUCAUUGCCUGUACGAAUGAGCGGAAAAUCAUGUUUGCGAUCGAUCGGAAAUGAAAACAAGAAGUAUAAAGCUUUGAUGAUGAUGAAAUAACAAUAAUAAUAUUGUGUGUAUAAUAAUUUUCAUGUAUUGUCCCUGAGUUAAUUUGUUUCCUAUUACUGCACUUACUUAUCUUUCGUAGAGACUAAUUUUAAUGGUCUGGACAUUUUGUCGAAUUUUGUACAUUUAUAAUAAUAAAGUUGUGUAUCUUGUAUCUAACUAUUCUUAUUUUGAAGAUAUUUUGUAUAUGAUGAAUUAUAUGUAUGUAGUGCCAAUAAUAACUAAAUAUUAUGAUAA